AUCAAAUGUAAUUCCGUACGGCAGAUAUCGAAGCCUCUCUAUAUAAACAAUCCCAGCACCACUGCAACGAAAUCAACUAACUUCUUUCCCCUGAAAUCAAUCAUCCCCACAAGUAUCCUGAAAUGGCGCCAAAGGCGGAGAAGAAACCAGCUACGGCAGAGAAGAAACCGCCGCGGCCAGAGAAGAGUGUUGGGGCGAAGGAGGGCGGUGGGGAGGCCGGGAAGAAGAAGAAGAAGGUGAAGAAGAGCACGGAGACGUACAAGAUCUACAUAUUCAAGGUGCUAAAGCAGGUGCACCCGGACAUCGGCAUCUCCAGCAAGGCCAUGGGGAUCAUGAACAGCUUCAUCAACGACAUCUUCGAGAAGCUUGCCAUGGAGUCCUCGCGUCUCGCCCGCUACAACAAGAAGCCUACCAUCACCUCGCGCGAGAUCCAGACCGCUGUCAGGCUCGUUCUGCCCGGCGAGCUCGCCAAACACGCUGUCUCCGAGGGAACCAAGGCCGUCACCAAAUUCACUAGCUCUUAGCCUCCUCAUUUUUACUCUCUUCAUUUCAUUCAUUCCAUGGAUUAUAUAUCAACAUUCUGGAUUUCCAAAAAUGACAUUCCUAAUAAAAUUAAUUUCGGAUUACCUGGAAUUCUAUAUGUUUUGGUUUUGAUUAGGUUGAUACAAUGAACAUGGCAUUAAGGUAAAGGAAAACAAAUCAAGUAUUCAUAGCUUUUAUUGAAAGCGUAGAUGACACAUGCUGUGUACAUCAUAAACAGACUGAAACCUAAU